AUGGCUCCAAAAGGCCACCGGCAUGGCCCAUCAAGUAGCAUGUUUGCUCAGAUUACUGAGCCCAUACCUCUCCCUACUCGCUUUGCCCGAAUCAAGAGAGAUUUGGUUGAGGGUAAAGAAUCUCAGAUCAAGAGUUCAUGGAUAAGACUGCUUGUCAAGUUGAACACUGAAAUCGACAUCAUCGCCAAAGCCGGCUCGGAUAUCUACCCAUCUAUUGAUUUUAACGAUCUCAAUGACUCUUCAGUUGCAAAUGACUUUUCUUCAAGACUCAAGGAACGAGGUGUCGCUGUUAUUCGGAACGUAGUUCCUCAUGAUCUGGCUGCGAAAUGGAAGGCAGAUACCGAGGCUCACUUAGGAGACCUUCAGGCGCAACGAUUGCCUACCCACGAUCCGCAUCUUUACGGGGUUUAUUGGUCUCCUGGGCAGAUCAAAUCUCGAGCCCAUCCGAACGUUCUCUAUACUCAACGUUUCCUAAUGAAUUUAUGGCACUCGUCUGAGCCGGAAGCGCUUGUGAGCCCCAAUUUCCCCAUCAGCUAUGCCGACCGCAUGAGGGUCAGGAGACCUGAGGAUGAGACAUGUUCCCUCAGUGUAUAUGUUGACGGAGGAAGCGUGGAGCGUUGGGAGCCGGAUGGCUAUGGUUCAGCAGCGACCUAUCAACCCAUUUGGGAUGGUCGUUGGGAGGAUUGGGAUCCAUGGGAAAGCAGCACUCGACUGAAAGUGACAAGCGAUUUAUACAAUGGUGACGGCUCAUGCAGCGUCUUCCGCAUGUUUCAGGGCUGGGUAGCUUUGAGUGAAGUUCCUUUUGGCCAUGGCACCCUUCUCUUAUGUCCCAUGAUCCGACUCACAACUGCAUAUCUUCUUCUGCGGCCCUUUUUUGUGCCUAAAGACUCCUCACCGGCAAGCCCAGACUUUCUUACGCCAGGGAACUGGAUCCUUGAAGAGCCGCCUUCCUCUGUGAUUCAAGGUGCAUUGCCGUCUUACCCACAGGAGCUCAAUGAUGCAUUACACCCUCAUCUACAGCUUCACCGGAGCAUGAUCCCCAUACCAAAACUUGACCCUGGUGAUUACCUUGUCUGGCACUGCGAUACCGUCUACGCCCUUGAUCGUCUCCGUCGCCCAGACAUCCCUCCUACAACAAUCAUUUAUCUUCCAGCCUGUCCAUUAACUCAGACAAAUGCCCUAUAUCUUGCUCAUCAGCGCAAGGGUUUUCUGCAUGGGGAAGCCGGCCCCGACUUUACCGGAGCACCUACGGGCGAUGUCAAUAUCGGAGGAGAGCAGGCCAUUAGAGAGGUUGGUGAGGCAGGCGGUCUAGACGGCAUGCGUGCAAUGGGGUUAUUGCCCUGGGAUGAGGAUGAAGCUCAAGAUGACUUUGAGUAUGCAGUAUUGGAAAUGGCAAAUGGUGUAUUAUUUCCAGAAAAGUAUGAUGGGGCCUACUGA